UCGCAAGAGUCAGACACGACUGAAGCAGCUUAGCACGCACACACACACAUGCUUAUUUCAUUUCCACAUGACUUCAGAAUUUUUAAUGUGAGGGUUAUGCUGCUGCUAAGUCACCUCAGUCGUGUCCGACUCUGUGCAACCCCAUAGACGGCAGCCCACCAGUAGGUACAGAAACUUUCCGUGGUCAAAUGUGGACUCUUCUUCUAUUAGAAGUAUUUGGUUUUUGAGAGACAUCAAGGAGGCAGAAUGUUUUUCAGUGUUUAUGUGUAAUUCCAUGCACUGUGGUUUUGUUCAGGUGCUGAUUACCCAGAAUGAGGGGUUAACCAAGUUCUCAUUCCUCUGGUUGACCAGUCUGACUGUCCCAUCAUACACCAGCAAGUCAUGCAAGAAAAAGUAAAGUUCCAAUCAGAUAAUUAUGUAGUAGAAGCUGUACUUACUAUUUUAUUUUAAUAUGUUACCUUUUAAGUUUUAGACCAAAUGCAUUAAGCAUGAUGGCCAGCAUGCAAUGUAUCCUCCUUCCACGAUUAUCUGGGGGCCUAAUUUCUACUCUUCAUUACCAGCAGUUAACUUUAAUUCAGAAAUGUGUAUGCUACAUUUUACCUAGGACCUUUUUUUUUUUUAAGGGAAAUUGGAUGUAGAUACUGAUAUACUUCACAGAAGGAAAGUCUGAGAAAUACCCCUCUCCUGAUGACUUGCCGUUUCAUGGGUUAUAAUAAUUAUUCUUUAAGGAGUGAAUGGUUUGCUUAUAGUCUUGCAGGGAGAAAGUACAAUGGCUCCAAUGCUGGGAACCCCAGGGCCAGGACAGAGGCCAGGAAGUGGGUCGUAUAUCCCUGAUGGAGGGCCAGAGUGCUUACAGAAAUAUUUGUGGACUCACAGCAGACACUAUUUUUCUGCCUAAGUAAUUACUAGAAUCCCUACCUCAUUUCCUCUUGAACUGUUCUCUGCUCACUCUUGUUUCCCAAUUUAGCUUCUAUAAAAUUGGGAUUCGUGAGAGCAUUUCUUGGAAGGGGGGAGGUCUCCAUAUUAGACUCGGGUUCGGAGACGUGGUUUGGUUUUGGUUGGAGGCAUGUCUGGUUGGAGGAAACCAAGGGAAGGUUGUUGGCAGGAUGCGCGGGGUGAGCUGGAGCGGCCCGGAGUGGCCUGGGCUGUGCCGAGGCUGCGCAUUUCCGCCCGGCUUUGCGCCCCCGAGGAUGCCGGCGCACCCGACCCGGGCAGCACGUUCAUUGACUUGGAGCCUCCUUUUGCUUUUUCACAUUUUGAGCAGAUAAAACAGAGGAAACUGCCUGUUGAAUGUUGGAGCUGACUUGGAAACGAAAGCCUCAUUUUGUUCACAAGGAAAGGAUUGUUUUUCGCUUGGGUCAUUGCUGCAGAGACAUUUUUUUUUCCCCUCUCUGUAAUGUUUGAUACUUGAGGGAAAACAGCUGGGCUGAGCAUUCUUGAAUCACUGCAGAACUGAAAUGGGAUGCUGGGGAAUAUGGACUGGACUGUAUGGCUGAAAAGUCAAGAGAACAGUCGGAGGAUGAGACGGAGGAGUCGGUGAAGUUUAAGAGGUUACACAAGCUGGUUAACUCCACUCGCAGAGUGAGAAAGAAACUCAUCAGGGUGGAAGAAAUGAAAAAGCCCAGCACAGAAGGCGGGGAGGAACAGGUGUUUGAGAAUUCCCCAGUCCCAGAUGAAAGGUCCGCCCUGUACUCCGGCGUGCACAAGAAGCCCUUUUUCUUUGAUGCUUCUCCUGAGAAACCCCCAGAAGAUGACUCAGACUCUCUCACCACUGCUCCAUCGUCCAGUAGCCUGGACACCUGGGGUGCCGGCCGCAAAUUGGUCAAAACCUUCAGCAAAGGAGAGAGCCGGGGCCUGAUCAAGCCCCCCAAGAAGAUGGGGACGUUCUUCUCGUACCCGGAAGAUGACAAGGCCCAGAAGGUGUCCCGCUCCCUCACCGAGGGGGAGAUGAAGAAGGGGCUUGGGUCCCUGAGCCACGGGAGAACCUGCAGUUUUGGAGGAUUUGACUUGACAAAUCGUUCUCUGCACAUUGGCAGUAAUAAUUCGGACCCAAUGGGUAAAGAAGGAGAUUUUGUGUAUAAAGAAGUAAUCAAAUCACCCACUGCCUCCCGAAUCUCUCUUGGAAAAAAGGUGAAAUCCGUGAAAGAGACAAUGAGGAAGAGAAUGUCUAAAAAAUAUAGCAGCUCUGUCUCUGAGCAGGAUUCAGGCCUUGAUGGAAUGCCGGGCUCGCCUCCGUCCUCUCAGCCUGACAGUGAACACAUGGACAAGCCCAAGCUCAAAGCCGGAGGUUCUGUGGAGAGUCUGCGGAGUUCUCUGAGCGGUCAAAGCUCGAUGAGUGGUCAGACCGUGAGCACCACCGAUUCCUCAACCAGCAAUAGGGAGAGUGUCAAGUCGGAAGAUGGUGAUGACGAGGAGCCCCCGUACCGGGGCCCGUUCUGUGGGCGCGCCAGGGUGCACACCGACUUCACGCCCAGCCCUUACGACACAGACUCGCUCAAGCUCAAGAAAGGAGACAUCAUUGAUAUAAUCAGCAAACCCCCCAUGGGCACCUGGAUGGGCCUGCUGAACAACAAGGUGGGCACGUUCAAAUUCAUCUACGUGGACGUGCUCAACGAGGAAGAGGAGAAGCCCAAGCGUGCCACCAGGAGGAGGAGGAAAGGGAGACCCCCUCAGCCGAAGUCAGUGGAGGACCUCCUGGAUCGGAUCAACCUCAAAGAGCACAUGCCCACUUUCCUGUUCAAUGGCUAUGAAGAUCUGGACACCUUUAAGCUCCUAGAGGAGGAGGACUUGGACGAGUUAAAUAUCAGGGACCCAGAGCACAGAGCUGUUCUCUUGACAGCAGUGGAACUGUUACAGGAAUAUGACAGUAACAGCGACCAGUCCGGAUCCCAGGAGAAGCUGCUUGUUGACAGCCAGGGCUUGAGUGGAUGCUCUCCACGAGACUCAGGAUGCUAUGAAAGCAGUGAGAAUUUGGAAAACGGCAAGACUCGGAAAAUCAGCCUCUCUGCCAAGUCAUCAACCGAGUCCGGCUUGAAGUCUUUCAACAGGAACCAGCUGGGCAACUACCCAACCUUGCCUUUGACGAAGUCAGUGGACGUGUUGAAGCAGGGAGGGGAGGGGAGGCUGGGCGGUGGUCUCACCCUUCUCGCCUCCAAGAGCUGUGAUCCCCCGUGUGUGACUGAUCUGAAUAAAAACCGAAGGAGUCUCCCCGUUUCCAUCUGCCGGAGCUGUGAGACCCUGGAGGGCCCGCAGACCGUGGAGACUUGGCCCCGGUCCCACUCCCUGGACGACCUUCAAGGAGAGCCUGAGAAAGAUGUGCCUGGCGAGGUGACAGAACCCUCCCCUCAGAUUGUACCUGAAGUGCCACAAAAGACAGCCCCCUCCGUCACAAAGGUUCCAAGCCCCAAACGAGAUUCUGCUGUUGACAAUGCACUGCUACUGACCCAAAGCAAGAGAUUUUCUGAACCUCAGAAAACGACUGCUAAGAAACUGGAUGGCCCGAUGGGGCCCUUUUCACGGGGUGCAUCCCCCCCUCCAUGUUUGCCCAAAACCUUUGACACCCAGCCUCCUGCCGUUAAACCCAGUUUAACACGGACGCCUCUGGAGGGUCAUAGGAAAGGACUCGAUUUCGAAGGAACACAUCACCCCCCGGGCACCAAAGAAGGCAUGGACGCUGAGCAGAGGGGCCCCGAGGUCAGAACGCAGGCCAAACCUCCUGUCCAGCCUCCGCCCGUUCCCGCCAAGAAGAGCAGGGAGCGCCUUGCCAACGGGCUGCAUCCUGUCCCUCCUGGUCCCCCCGGCGUCCCCGGCCCCGACGCACCCGGCCUGCCACUUAAAAAGGGCAGCCCUGGCAGCCCCAGCGACUGUCCCCCGGCGGUGGCGGUGGCCAGGCCUCCCCCGGGGCCGGAGCCAGGCAGCCCACCAAGCACCAGGCCACCACCCUGGCUGUCGGAGCUGCCCGAGAGCGCCAGCCUCCAGGAGCACGGCGUGCGGCUCGGGCCCGCGCUGGCCAGGAAGGUCUCCUGCGCCCGCGGGCUGGACCUAGAAAUGCUCACUGAGAACAAGCUGCGGGCGGAAGGCAUUGACCUCACCGAGGAGCCCUAUUCUGAUAAGCACGGCCGCUGUGGAAUUCCUGAGGCCCUGGUGCAGAGAUAUGCAGAAGACUUAGACCAGCCGGAAAGGGAUGUCGCCACCAACAUGGACCAGAUCCGUGUUAAGCUGCUUCGGAAGCAGCACCGCAUGGCGAUCCCAAGCGGUGGACUCACAGAAAUCUGCAGGAAGCCCCUCUCUCCCGGCUACGUGUCGUCCGUGUCAGAUUGGCUGGUUUCCAUCGGUCUGCCCAUGUAUGCCAGCGCCCUCUCUGAGGCGGGCUUUAGCACCCUGGGCCAAGUGCCUUCUCUGUCCCACACUUGCCUUCAGGAGGCUGGCAUCACAGAGGAGAGACACAUAAGCAAGCUCGUGUCUGCAGCCAGACUCUUCAAACUGCCACCAGGCCCCGAGGCCAUGUAGCCAAGCCCGAAAUGGGCCUCCCUGGACAAGAGCCACCCGUUCACUGUGCUCAUGAUGCUGAUGCAAUUCCUCCUUGGCUGGACAUGCAGACCAGACCCAGGAGAAAGGCCCAGUGUGCUGCCAGCAGAACUCGGAAUCUUGGCACGGGACUGAUGACCUUCUCUUCUCCAGAAAAGCCCCCUCCAGGAAAUUGGUGUGGUUCUCUGUGACCCCCAAAGGAAAGACAAGCACUUAGUUUUGUUUUCAGGAUACAGUAGAACCAAGAUGCCGACUUGCCACAAAUGCUUUGCCCACAGUCUGUCUUGGUGUGCUGGGCGAGGGCAGGGGGCAGGGGGAGAGGCUGCCUGUCCCAUGUCUCAGCAUGUUCCUCACCCUUCCGUCACCCUGCAGGGUUCCUGAGGCCCAGACGGGCUUUAGCCAGGCCAAAGUAACAGCCUCGGGAGUGAUUGUACACUAUUGACCAGGCUCAUGUGUUCAAAAGUAAGAAAAUCUGGCUGCACUGGAAAAAGAAAGCCCUAUUCUCCUUUAGGUAAACAAGAGAUGUUUUAAUAAUUGCUUUCUAGCAAAUCAGCAUUUAUUUGCCUUAAUGUAAGCUUUUAAGCAGUUAUCUAACCUAGUGUUCACUACCUUGUAACCGUAGUUCCAGAUCCUCAGCUUAGACUGCCAUCUAACGUAUGUGGGAUGUUUCCAACAGAAAUGGGCUUUUCUAAUCGUCUCACUCUAACGUGGCUUAUUUUAUAGGGGUGUUUAUCAGGCCCGGAUUCAUGUUGACUUUCAGAUUUUAAACUAACUACAAAUCUGGUAAAAAGCUCGCUGAAAUUCACAAAGAUAUCAUGUGUGAGAGUAUGUUUGUGUGUUUGAGGUUAUGAUCUUUAAUUUAAUCACUUUAGUGUUGUUGCCAUGUUGGUCAUUGUGCUGCGGUAUUGACUUGGAAUCUUGACCACAUCCAUUCCAAAAUUCGGUCAUCGGAUAACAGAUCACCUUUGCAAAAAGUCAUUGUCAGUUGAAUAUUUAAGGAAGAUGUUCUUUAAAGGGAAAUAGUUUAUAAGAUAUCUUAAAAGAUUUUUUUCCUGGUUUUAUAGUUAAAAUACUGUUUUCCAUCUUAUUUGGGUAAUUCACUUAAAUACAAUAAAGGUUCAUUAUGGAGCCAAACAAACUAUAUUGGCCAUGUAUUAAAUAGUUGCAUAUUUUCAGUUCUUUUCCAACUGAUUUCAGCAUUCUCUUUUAAUCUAUUGUCUGAUUUUCUAGCAGACAGAAAUUAUUGUUCCCAGUUGCUUAUAAAAUGAUUUUCCUUUACAUUCUUAUCAUGAGCCCUAUUUUAAGCAUGGAGUAUGAUCAUUUAUGGUAGAAAUGCUUAGAGUCGUGAUUUAAAAGUUCUGUAAUAUUUUAUCUACUCAUUAAAACAAAUGAUAUCCCUCAGGGGAGGUGGGGGGGAAGGUGUUUUCAUGAAUUACAAAGCCAUUUUACCAUUUGCUUUAAAAUAGAUCUGGAUCCAUAUUUCUGAGGAAAAGGACGUUCUCAGGUGAUAUUUUUUUUUUUUCAUGCUUUUGGUAUGCAUUUUAAAGAAUAAUAUAUAUUUCUUCAAUAAUAGUCACCUUCUAUAAGAUGCCAUGUAAGAAGUUGUGGAACACUAGAAGAAAAAGCUAAGGCGGCCAAAUUUCUAUUGAACUCUUCAGCCCAUUAUGACAUUCCUGUGGGAUGCGACAUUCCAUGGAAAGGGUAAGGAGGCUGCAGGCUCUCCUGUAACUAUGUCAUUGGAAGGGAUUUCACGUGUGAAGGAGAGGGUGCUUUAGAAUGGAUGGGCUCCUCACCCCAUGUUUUUGGUGCCUCAGCGUGACUUGUGAGAGAGCCUGCUCAGAGUUGAAGCUGAGCUAAAAGACCACACUUACCAGGGAAGUCCUAUAGUCAGGUGAUACAUAGGAGCAAAGGAGAAGGGAAAAUCGUACGUGAAUUUCCUGGUGUUAGUUCAUUUUCACCAUAAGAUUUUCACUUAUGUAGAAGAGGUGCCAGAAAAGUGAACUUUCUGAAUAUGAGUUUUUAAGAAUGCCAAACCGUAUUUUUUUUUUUUUCCAUUCUUCUUUGGAAAUCAUUGCCUUUGCCUAGAAGUGAAAUUCAGGGACCAUGAAUCAUUUUCAGUGGAAGGGCUUCCUAGUCUGUGGGAUCUGAGGUGAUUUUUACUUUAUUGUGCUUUUUAUUAAAAUCCUUUUGUUUUUAAACUUUUAGUAUUUGUUUGGUCUUCUUUUGCUUUAAACUUUUAAAUUGACCUUAGAGAAGCCUGAAUGCUUGUGUGUGAUAUUUGACUGAGAUGGUUUGCGGCCGCCUGUGGAUGCCGGAAGGCAGGUGGUCGGCUUCAGCAAUAUCCGGUUUUCAUCCAUUGCACUUGUGCAGAAUGUUGAGGAAGGGUGAACACUGUUGUUUUAGGAAAGCACAAGAGAAAGCUGGAGAGGCAGUUCGGCUCAGGUAGCUACACACCCGUUGUGUGUCACUUUUUUCUUUGAAGCUGUCUAUAAGGAAAUGCAGCCAACCCCAACCACUACUUACAUUCCCAGAUAACCAAGGAGAUAGAUUUUUCAUGGCCUUGCCUUAGUCAGAGGCCCUUUUCUCUUUUCCUGUACCCAGGUAUGGGUGAAAUUGGAAAUAAGUAGUCUGUUGAAAAUUAGUUCCUGACAGAGCAAAGUUUGCUUUCAUAAUUGCAGCAAAAGUCAGUUCACCAAGUCAACGCUGCAUGUGUGUACUGUAUAAUUUUCAGAAAAAAAAAGUCUGAGUCCACGUUAUCUCGAUUUUAAAUUGAUAGAGAAACAAGAAACUGUCAAGCAAGUUAUAUAACAACUAACAACAUUGCACUUUCUGUAUAUGAAAUCAAUAUUUAAAUAACUUAUUUUUCUCCAUUGCUGUUCUUAAACAUUGUAAGUAGCUGUAAUAUACCAGUACCAAUAUGUUCUUGCGAUUGCUUCAGCCCAAGAAAGCUGUGUAUUGUUUUAAAAAUUGUAAAAAUUAUUGUGAUGAUUCAUUUAGCAAAAAGAGGUGGACAGAAGGGUUUUCCUAUGUAUCAAAACUUGUCUAUAAUUAUGUCAUCUAUGUACCUAGAAAAAAAAGUAAAUAAAUUUCUUCAGUUGAA